AUGAUCGUUCAACGAACGACUUCGUUGCUCGCUAUCGUCGCUAUCGUUGCGUGCGGGCUGUUCAUUCUCUCCAAGACAACAAAUACCACUUUCGAAAGUGUGUCCAACGUCAAAUUCGGCCCCUCGCGAUACAUUCCAACCAAACUACCCUCCUUUGAAGACCUCCGCCAUCCUUUCCGUCCCGCGGCUCAUAAACCGCCGGAGCAAGCAAAUAGCACCAGCGGUGAGUCCAAAUGGUUCACUGACUGGAAGUGGUUGAACCCCUUUUCGUCAUCGAUCACGCUCGACGAACAUCGUACCGUGCUCCCACCUUUACCGGAACGUCCACCCGUGUACACUUUUUACGAACCGAAUAGCAAGAACGAUGAAGCAUUACAAAAGGCAGAUGGCCAGCUACUUUUGGCAUGGAGACGCGCUUGGUACGCCAAAGGGUUCCGACCUGUAGUUCUCAGUCGGGCCGAAGCAAUGAAGAAUCCGUUGUAUGAAGAGGUUCAACGGCGACAACUUGACGCAGAACUAGAAUUGGACUUUUUCAAAUGGUUAGCUUGGGGUCACAUGGGCAGGGGACUGUUUGCAGAUUGGCUGUGUUUCCCAAUGGCUCGAUACGACGACGUGACAUUCAACUACCUUCGUACUGGUACUAUACCUACUCACAUCACUCGAUUCGAUAAACUUGAUCGAGCACUAUUUGUUGCUGAAAGCGCCACUAUUAAUGAUGCAAUUAAGGCUGCAGUCCAGGAUGCGGACGACAAGACUUCGUCGAUAUUAGAUCUUAUCCCGUCCGACCUGUUCAUAAACGAGCAAUCUGAUGCCUUGGCAUAUUACGACUCCAGCACUGUUCCAACAAACUACCAUGACCUUACUGAGAAAUAUCAUGCACUUCCGGGUGCUGAACGACAAGCGCUUGUUGAGUUGAUUGAUGCACAUCUCCAUACAACCUUUCUCAAUAAUUUCCCGUCCGGAUUUACGGUCAUUAAGCCCUUUGCCGAGCACACGACAGCAUUGGUUCAGCCCGCCUUGCAGCUCGCAAAAGCUCUUUCGAAAUGCCCUACGUCCGAGUUUUCUGGCUCGUGUCCUCCUAAUCGUCCGACGUGCAAGCCCUGCAAUUCGAAAUCCAAGGCGAUCCCAAUCGCCCAACCACAGGCUUUUAAGAAUGACACCAGCACUUAUUCGAUUGGAGUCUUACCUCAUCCGCUCACCCUGAUUGCCCUUCAGCACGACUCGAUCGAGAUUGAUACCGCCUAUAUUCGACGUAAAACCCCUCGUGAUCCAUGGCUGGCAACCGUCACCAGUGAGCUUCUGGGCCCCAAUCGUGCGGGUUCUUCGCGUGCCGUUACAUUCAAGGAGUUAGUUGCCGGGGACGAAUUCGGUUCUUCGACAUUCUGGAUGACUGUUGAGACACUUCCAGCAAAAGAAGGAGACAACCUUCCUAAAGAGUUGGUGGCCGAGUUGGAAUGGCAUUUUGGAUUCACCAUCAAGACCGGAGAUACUGAAGACGAUGCCAAAAAGAGUGGCGAGGAACCACAGCCAUCUGUGGACCACGAGUAUGAGCUGAUUAGUAAAGCACGCGACAUGCUUCGCGAUAACCCGUCAGUCGCGUUAGUCUGCGCAAUAUCGCAGAAGCUUGGAAUUUAGCAGAUAUUGAAGUGUGGCGAUUUGUACAGGCUUAUAGGGCACGCAGUGUAGUUGAACGAGAAAAGUGGGAGGAGGAAGAAGAGAACUUUAUUGGCGCCAAAGCUGACUGAGUCAAUAGACACUUUGAUCGAUCUUGAUUUACAAAUUCUUAUGUGUGUAAAUAUUUCCCAUUCUUGCUUUUGAUACGCAUCUAGACGGCGUUUUUGUUUUUUCCCAUCUAUCUUUCUGGUGUGGAGAAUCCACCAAUGUAAGCAAGAUAUCGGACGGUGGCGAUCGCCGGCCGUCAAGCUGGAGGUCGGCUUCUCCGAUAAGCAGAUAAUCCUCAACCAACUACUUAACAUCUCUUUAUACCCCGCACUC